AUGGCAGCCCUCGGCGAGGACCUGCUCAUUACUGUCAACAAAUUGCAAGACCUCGUCUUCAACACCAUCGGCAGCGACUCUCUUGAUCUUCCACAAAUUGUUGUCGUCGGCUCCCAAUCCGCAGGCAAAUCUUCAGUUCUUGAGAACAUUGUCGGCCGAGAUUUCCUGCCCCGAGGCAGCGGCAUCGUCACCCGUCGCCCUCUGAUUCUGCAGCUCAUCAAUGUCCCCGAGGACGAGAAUGCCCCCGAGCCGAUAGAGGACCGUUUUCGAUCUGCCGCCACUGCGCGACGCUCCGAGUGGGCAGAGUUCCACCACAUCCCCAACCGACGAUUCAACGACUUUUCCGAUGUCAAGCGCGAGAUUGAGAACGAAACAUCUCGCGUUGCUGGUACCAAUAAGGGUAUUAACAGACAGCCCAUUAAUCUCAAAAUCUAUUCGCCUCAUGUCCUCAAUUUGACACUAGUUGAUCUUCCUGGUCUGACCAAGGUUCCCAUUGGCGACCAACCGACCGAUAUUGAGAAGCAGACUCGUAACCUGAUUUCCGAAUACAUUGCCAAACCCAAUAGUAUCGUCCUUGCCGUCUCUCCUGCCAAUGUCGACAUUGUCAACUCGGAAGCUCUCAAGCUGGCCCGUCAUGUCGAUCCUCUUGGUCGCCGCACUAUUGGCGUUCUCACCAAGCUUGAUUUGAUGGACCACGGAACCAACGCCUUGGAUAUCCUUUCCGGGCGUGUCUACCCUCUGAAGCUGGGCUUCAUCGGCGUCGUCAACCGUUCGCAGCAGGAUAUUCAGGGCAACAAGCCCAUGGAGGAGGCCCUCAACGACGAAACUGACUUUUUCAAGCACCAUCCCGCCUACCGAAACAUCGCCACACGAUGCGGCACGCGCUUCCUGGCCAAGACUCUCAACACAACCCUCAUGGGACAUAUCCGCGAACGCUUGCCGGAUAUCAAAGCCCGCCUCAAUACUCUGAUGGGCCAGACUCAGCAGGAGCUCGCUAGCUACGGCGACAUGCACUUUAGCGGCAAGGAACACCGCGGAUCCCUCAUUCUGCAACUCAUGACACGCUUCGCAACCUCCUUCAUCUCUUCCAUUGACGGUACAUCGACAGAAAUUUCCACCAAGGAGCUCUGCGGUGGUGCCCGCAUCUACUACAUCUUCAACUCUGUCUUUGGCAGCUCUCUAGAAUCUAUUGAUCCUACGUCGAACCUCACCGCUCUUGACAUCAGAACCGCCAUCAGAAACUCGACCGGUCCCCGACCCAGCUUGUUCGUCCCCGAAAUGGCCUUUGACCUGUUGGUCAAGCCCCAGAUCAAGCUUCUCGAGGUUCCCAGCCAGCGCUGCGUUGAGCUGGUGUAUGAAGAGCUUAUUAAGAUUUGCCACACUUGCGGCUCAACAGAGCUCUCAAGGUUCCCCAGACUACAGGCCAAGCUUAUCGAGACCGUCUCCGAUCUCCUACGCGAGCGUCUUGGCCCUUCGUCAACGUACGUCGAGUCGCUCAUCUCGAUCCAGCGCGCGUACAUCAACACCAACCACCCCAACUUCCUCGGUGCCGCGGCGGCUAUGAGCAACGUCGUCAACGCCAAGCAAGAGCGCGAGCGCAAGAAGCUGAUCCAAGACGAGCGAGAGAGGAGAGAGCGCAAGCGCCUCAAGGAGCUCGGCCCCAAUGGUGACGUUGAUGAUGCGGAAGACGGGGACAAGGAAGCGCAAAAACAUAACAAGCACGCGCGCAGCCUCUCGCCCGCAGUCCACGAAGGCCACAACAGCCUCGCCGCGGCGGUCAACGGCCGCCCACAUUCGCCCAUGAACGGCCAAGGUCUGGGCGGCGCCAAGGAUACGUUCCUCAACUACUUUUUCGGCAAGGAAGGUCUCUCGCCUAUUCACACACCCGGCGGGCUGCCCAACGGCCGUCAACACAACGAGCCCAGCUUCUCGAGCAGCCUUCGUCGCGAAGAAAAGAUUGUUGUUCGUCCAGCCCCAUCAACGCGCGAGGACGACUACGACCCCACGUCGCGCAGCUACGGCCUCGCAUCCCACCUCGGCGAGUCUAACGAGCCUGCUCUCACCGACCGCGAGGCCAUGGAGACCGAGCUGAUCCGCGCGCUUAUCUCGUCCUACUUCAACAUUGUGCGCGAGUCCAUCGCUGACCAGGUGCCCAAGGCCGUCAUGCACCUACUCGUCAACCACUGCAAGGAGGUGGUGCAGAACCGCCUCGUCAGCGAGCUCUACAAGGAGUCGCUCUUCGAGGAGCUCCUCUACGAGGACGACGGCAUCAAGAAGGAGCGUGAAAAGUGCGAGAAGCUCCUCCAGACCUACCGCGAGGCGGCCAAGAUCAUUGGCGAGGUGCUGUGA